GACAGGGGCGGGGCUUAGCGUUCUUUUAAAGUGGGAGACGAGGCGCGCGGGUCUCGUUUUUCCUCAAUCUUCACUCCAACUUUACGCCUUCAUCAUGAGCUCCAAGUGCCUUCGGUGUGAGAAACCAGUGUACUUCGCAGAGAAGGUGAGCUCUCUGGGGAAGAACUGGCACCGUUUCUGUCUGAAAUGUGAACGCUGUAAUAAGAUUCUCUCUCCUGGAGGCCAUGCUGAGCAUGAUGGGCUUCCGUACUGCAACAAACCCUGUUACGCAACACUGUUCGGUCCAAAAGGUGUGAAUAUUGGAGGGGCGGGGUCUUAUAUUUAUGACAUGCCCCCUCAGACAUCAUGUGAUGGAUCUUCAGAGGUUUCACCAACAACACCAUGGUCAAACUCUCACAUCGAACAUCAUCAACCCAAAGUCCCAGCAGUCCCAGUGCGGAUGUUCUCAGGAGAGACGUCUAUUUGUCCAAGAUGUGGGAAAGCUGUGUUCUUUGCGGAGAGAGUGGUGUCUCUGGGUCGUAACUGGCACCGGCCGUGUCUGCGCUGUGAGCGGUGCAAAAAAACACUGACCCCUGGAGGACAUGCUGAGCACGAGGCUCGGCCGUAUUGUCACGUCCCCUGUUAUGGGCAUCUGUUUGGUCCCAGAGGUGUGAACAUCGGAGAAGUCGGGUCUUACAUCUACAACCAGGACCAGACCCCCACUAUCACACACACCUAAACACACACACAUACACUCUUACUGCAUUCACACAAAACUAAAAACACUUACACACUCACACACACACACACACACACACACACACACACACACA